CGAGCUCUUCAUCUAGCACAUAGCAGCGAGGCUGUAGUGGGCUGAGCUGGCACUACACCUGCAGCACCACAGUCAGAGGACAGCUCCACUCUGCAGCACCAGACCCAGAUCAAGGGCUGCAGGGUUCCCAGGAAGAAGGGAAAACAGCAUUAUCAACCUAGAGACGGCAAGAAGGAUUUCUGCAGGGGGAUCAGCAGAGAUUGCAAGUUCUCUAAACUUCCCAGCACUUGACAAAGGGCAGAAAUGGAUACCAAAGGGGCCGGUCUAAGAGCAAGCCGGGAUCGUGGUACAGAACCCCAGCUGAAAGGAAUUGUGACAAGGUUAUUCAGCCAGCAGGGAUACUUCCUGCAGAUGCACCCAGAUGGCACCAUUGAUGGGACCAAGGACGAAAACAGCGACUACACCCUUUUUAAUCUAAUCCCUGUGGGUCUCCGGGUGGUUGCAAUACAAGGAGUUAAGGCAGGACUCUACGCGGCAAUGAAUGGCGAAGGUUUUCUCUUCAGCUCAGAUAUUUUUACACCAGAAUGCAAAUUCAAAGAGUCUGUUUUUGAGAACUACUAUGUCAUCUAUUCCUCGACAGUCUAUCGACAACAGGAAUCUGGCCGUCAAUGGUUCUUGGGACUUAGUAAAGAAGGUCAGAUCAUGAAAGGCAACCGAGUGAAAAAGACCAAACCAUCGUCACAUUUUGUACCAAGACCUAUAGAAGUGUGCAUGUACAGAGAGCCAUCACUGCAUGAAAUUGGAGAGAAGCAAGGACGGUCAAGAAAAAGUUCAGGGACACCAACCAUGAAUGGUGGAAAAGUUGUUAAUCAAGAGUCAACAUAGCCAAGAUCCUGCCCUGUCCUGACAGUGAACCCGUUGGAAAGUCAGAAAUUAAACAUAUAAACUGACAUGACAGGUUCCACUGACUAUGUUUUUGAACUCAAGUUUUCUCCUUUGGAUAGAACAAAGAAAUGGAAAUUAAAUUGCCUGUGCAAUGUUUUAAACCAACCAGAAAAAUAUGAAGAUAAUACUUUGAAUCUGGACUCCAUUCAUAUUUUAUGCAAAGUUUGCUGUGUGAUCAAAUUAGUUCCAAUCUCUGCAUAAAAAAAUAUACAAUAAAGAUAUUACCUUUAAAAUGAAAAAGUUCUGGAGAAAUGAAUCUGAACAAAUAAAUCAGUGAAGGCCACUAGGUAGAAAACCUCACAUUUAUUCCUCUGUUUUAGAUUUGUGUCUAUCUAUGAAGCACAUCUGCUUUGUCUGUACAAAUGCCAUCAUAUGUAGAAAGCGCAGGCAUACAAUUAUUUAAUGCAUUCACAAAUAAAGACAGUCUGUAGAGUUCACAGACAUGAUAGAGAAAUGCCACCCUUUACAAAUCAAAGAAUCUACUGUGAUUUUGGAGCAAGUAUAUAAUUUAAAACAAUAGUUAUAAAAACUGC